AUGGAAUUCAUGGAGGUCGAACCUAUUGAUUUUAAGCAAAUGGAGUUUGAUACCAAUGAAUGGGCUGAAUUUAAAAAAGGAGCAUUGGAUCGUUUACAAAUUCAUCGUUUAACAUUUACUGAAGCACACACAUUUAUUGUUUGUUUAAAUAAAAUAUUGCAUAAAAUAUCAAAAGAUGGACACGAAGUCUCACGGGGGGCGGUUGAAGGGAUUUCUUUUGUAGGAGAAAUUGAAACAAGCAAAAUAAAUGACAAGGAAUUAAGCAAAUAUUUAAAAGAAAUUGAAAGUAUUUAUUGGCAAUCGAAAGAAGAAAUUAAAAAUGUAUUUAAUUAUAUUUUAAAGGGACGAGUUUAUUUUUAUUUAUUAGAGUUUCUAUGGGAGAACCUUCUAAUAGAAACACCCUCUAAUUGA